AUGUCACAAGCUAAAAUUAUCAAUCGUUUUAUUGAUGCCGAUAAAGAACCUACUAAAACAUUAACACCUAUCGAAGGCUACGAGAAAAAAGAUUUAGUAUCAGUAGAAAAUGCAAUGGCUGAAAUAGAACCACCUAUUCAUAAUCUUAAAACAAUGGUAUGGACAGCAAAACGAAACUCUCGUAAUCCAUCAGAUGGUCUUACUUCUGAUGAGUCAGCUUCAAUUCAUCUGUACACGUUGGAAUGGCCUGAGGCUCAUCAAAGUGUUUAUACUUUGUUAAAUGAAAAACUUCGGUCUGAAAAACGAAGUGAACUUCAAUCAUGGUAUUCAUAUUUGAAACUCUUUCUAACCGCAUUGUAUAAAUUACCAUCAUUGAAAAAAACAAUUUGGCGAGGAAUUCGUGGUAAUGUAAUUGAUCUUUAUCAAGAAGAUUUUAUAUGGUGGGGUAUUAGUUCAUGUACAGAAACAAUGAAAGUCAUGGAAAAAUUUGUUGGUCGUUCAGGUAUUCGUACUUUAUUUAUGAUUGAAUGCAUUAAUGGAAAAGCAAUUAACUCUCAUUCAUUUUACAAAGAUGAAAAUGAAAUUUUAUUGAUGCCGGGAACUUAUUUACGUGUAAUUGAUAAAUGGAGUCCAGCUAAUGAUUUGUACAUCAUUCAUUUACAAGAAGAAACUCCACCGUGCCAACUUGUCGCAUCACCUUUCAAUCAGUCAUCGUCUGAGAAUUGUUUUUCUUUCGAUAAACUUACAAUGUGCAAAUCAGACCAAUUAAAUCAUCAAGAUACAUCUGUACAAUCAUAUCAAUCAAAAACAACAACUUUACUACCAUCGCCACCUAUAUACAAAAAUCAAAAACUUCAACAAAUGAUCCAUGAGAACAAAGAUAAUUCAGUAGUUUACUUGAGCAAUGAACAAUUGACUGAUGACGACAUGGAAAUAGUUUCAUAUUAUUUAUUACGCAAUAAUAUGGUAGGUAAUGAUUAG